UCCCCGCCCGGCUCCAGUCCCUAACAGAAGCGUGAAAGGGAGAGUGUGAGCUAGGUCUCCGCCGGCACGCUGCCGCAGGCCCCGGGGGGGGCCGUGGGUAUAAGGAGGCUGGGAGGAGCGAGCGGUCAGAAUUAUUAAGGAAAUCCCGAUGAGUCUGCUCCACCUUGCAACCAGACAUCCGAUUCUCCAAGUGCUUCGUGAAUCAGGAUUGAAGGCUCCUCCUGCCCAUAAAACGUUAAAGAUUUGUGUAGCAAUGUCUCGUCCAAGUUCAAACAUGGCUGAUUUUCGGAAAUUCUUUGCCAAGGCAAAGCAUAUAGCCAUUAUUACAGGGGCUGGGGUCAGUGCUGAAAGUGGAGUACCAACGUUCAGAGGGCCUGGUGGUUUCUGGAGAAAAUGGAAAGCUGAGGAUUUAGCCACCCCUGAGGCCUUUAUGCUGAAUCCUUCUCUGGUAUGGGAGUUCUACCACUACCGGAGGGAAGUGAUGCUGAGCAAACAUCCCAACCCAGCCCACAUAGCAAUUGCUGCAUGUGAGAAACGGCUGAGUGUUCAAGGAAGGCGUGUGGUGGUCAUCACUCAGAACAUUGAUGAGCUCCAUUGCAAAGCAGGCACCAAGAACCUCCUGGAACUUCAUGGCAGCUUAUUUAAAACUCGAUGCAUCAGUUGUGGAAAUGUGACAGAGAAUUACAAGAGUCCAAUCUGCCCAGCUUUAGAAGGAAAAGGUGCCCCAGAACCUGAUGUUCAAGAUGCCCAAAUCCCAGCUGAAAAGCUUCCUAGGUGUGAAGAAAAAGGUUGCAAUGGCCUCCUUCGACCUCAUGUGGUAUGGUUUGGUGAAAAUCUGGACCCUGACCUUCUUGACAAGGUCAACAAAGAGCUUGCUGUCUGUGACUUAUGUUUAGUGGUGGGAACGUCCUCUGUGGUUUAUCCUGCAGCAAUGUUUGCCCCGCACGUGUCAGCUAGGGGAGUUCCAGUAGCCGAAUUUAACAUGGAAACCACCCCUGUUACACCAAACUUCAGGUUUCAUUUCUCAGGGCCCUGUGGUACCACUAUCCCUGAAGCACUUGCCUGCCAUGAAUCUGAAAAAGUUUGUUGAUUAUUUGUAAGCAUGAGAAAAAAAAUUAUUCAUAAGUACCAGGUUACAAAUAGUUAAACCAAAAGGGAGGUGGGGAGAAGGUAGGGGAAAACAGAGAAUGGUCUCCUGCCCUCAGAAAGGGGGAAUGUAACCAAUCAGUGUUCAGGUAGUCAGUCACAAUGCUGAUAUCAAACACUGACCAGCAAAUUAUCCAUUGCCUUUGUGUUACACUGAAACCUGAUUCCCAAAUGAUUAUUCCAUGUUUUAUAGUUGUAGUAAAAACUAUUUUCAGCUAAAAAAAUUUAUAACAUUUAUCUAUAAUUCUAAUAGUAUUUUUUUGUUUCUUAUGUGAGCAUAUGAAUUUGCUCUUUUUGGGGGGCAGGGGCUAAAGCAUUGCCUUUCCUUGGUUCUGAUGUUUACAAAAAUACUUUAGCAAAAAAUAAAUUAACUGUAAAUUAUUGUAUAAA